AAUGAUAUGACACCAGUCCGGUUACAGUGGGGAGAAAUUCUUAUGCCACUGCUGAAGAAGUACAAGUUGAACAUAACAUGGGGUGAUCAAGAUCUAUUGAACAUUAUGUUUUUUCACAAUCCAGAAAGUCUUUAUGUCUUUCCUUGCCAAUGGAAUUAUCGGCCUGACCACUGCAUCUAUGGAAGCAACUGUAGGGAAGCUGAAGAAGAAGGUAUAUUUAUACUUCAUGGAAACAGAGGUGUUUACCAUGAUGAUAAACAACCGACUUUUAGGGCUGUCUAUGAAGCAAUAAGAAAUUAUUCUUUUGGAGAUGAUCUGGUUCAUUCCCUGUUGCAGCCUCUAGAACUGGAAUUAGAGAAAACCAUGCAUACAUACUGUGGAAGAGUAUACAAAGUGUUCAUAAAGCAACUAACAAAAAGUGUAAGAGACUUGUAUUCCAGAAGAUCAAAGGGAAGGUGACUUUUACUCCAAGCUGUUAAAUCUAGAGACUGAAUUAACAUAGCGGUCAAAAGGUGCAAAAAUUCUAAUAUGGCUUGAAUUGACUCUUAAGGUGCCCAGAUAAAACUUUACUAGCAUAAAUAAAAAUGAAGAAAAUACUCAUGUAAUGAAGAACAGGAACUUUUUUUCUGCAAAAGUGACUUUUCUCUUUUGAAGUUUAAUCACUACUAAUGUUCAUUUUGGAUCCGAUGAUUUGGGUGUUACUGGCUUCUAUGGUCAGUAGUUUUAGUCUGCAUAAUUCAGAUACCUAAUGAUCAAAUGAACAAGGAAGAAAUGAAGAUGGCUCUAUUUGGGAGUGUACCUCAUAUUGUCU